AUGCAGCUUGGAAAUCACAUCGCCUUAGAGAACCAAAUUUUCAUCCGGACCUACUGCCUGUUAGACCCAUACCAUGCGUACUUCAUCCGUGCACUACUAGAACAAUCAAGAAAAUUUUCCACCACGGAAGAAUCUGGGUUCAGUAAAAUCCAAAAACCGGCCAUAUGCCUCGCCCUCGACAAUUUGGAUCAGAUCAUCUCGAGGUCUAAAGAAUUGCCCGAAUUUGAAAACAUCAUCAUCGAAUUGGGGAGAAGUGUCAAUGAAAGUAAUGAGGGGGCCAUGGCAGUGCUCGGUUGGACUGAAGUUCGACCGUUAGGUAUUCGAGACCUCCUUUUAAAGAGUCCCAAUAACGUUGUCCGUGACGGAUUCUGUCGACUUUUGAUCGCUGCCGUCGCACGGUUACAGGCGUCUCUAGAGGAUGAAUCUCUGGACCAUGACGAACUAGCUCGCUGCAGAAAAGACUAUGAGAUGAUGGUUGAGAAUAUUGUUACGUCGCUUGAUGAGCUGUGGGGUUGCCUACACGUAUAUUCGCGGGCCUGGGACGAUUAUUUCGGGCUGCUCCUUGGACUUGCUAAUUUUGGCGCGUUCCCUGUUCAGGUCAUGCUUGAACAUGGCUUUUUGUUGAAAUGCCUGGAAAUGGUUUGGCUUGAUAGGGAGGAUAGCAAACGGCUGAAACGGCAAUAUGGGAACUAUUUCCGGCUUGUUGAAAAAGGCCGCAAAUAUUCACACUCCAAGCUUGUGGAGGUCCUCUAUGUUUUGAUGACGCACAUCGACUUCACAUUGACACCGUCAGUCAACAAUAGCUGCCGGGACUGCAAUGUGGGCAAAUAUUCUCUUACCAGGGCGGAAGCGGAGCUGGUCCGACCCGUUGGAAGGAACAAGGAUCUGAUUUUCUUGAGGAAAAUCCUAGAGCAACAAGCUAAUCCACCAGUUUCACGGAAGAUAGUGAGCGUUUUUCUAGCCGCUGAUCCUGAAUAUGGUCUAACGGACAGUAUCUGCAAAGUUCUAGAGGAAGGGUUACGGGCUUCUCCAGCCUACCUCUGUGUUCCUUUCCUCGACGCUACAUUAGUUUUCUGCCAGAUGUCAUCAGAUGGGGACCGUAUCACCAACCUCAUCGACUACGUGUCCAAAGGCAUAGAUUCCAUCAAUGACAGUGGGGGUUGCGAGCAUCUAGCCUUUUUCCAGUCGCUGGUAAAAGUCAAAAACGAAAAAGCCAAAAAGGAUGAGUACUGGUUCUGGAGCUCGGUGGUCGACCGGAUACCUGACUGGGCGCCGACACUUCUUCAUUACCCAGAGAGGGCAGUCAGAAACGGCGUGCUGGAUUUCCUGCGACAACUUCUCUUCUCGAAGGAAUAUGAGGAUAUCAGUGAUGAUUUUCGCCAAUUUUACAGGAAAAUCGGCAGGGAUUUGGCGCAGGCAUCUGUGGAUAAGUUGCGAAGGACGUACCUUUCAACUGCAGACGCGCAGCCUCCUGAAGUCAAGUCGAUGGAGACGAUUUCGCUCGUGAUCAUGCAUUGCACAGAGGUCUAUUUUGAUGAGCGUGACAGCGACGACGCGGAUUUCAUCCAACAGGCUACAACUGUCAUCUCCGCACUAGAGCAGCUGGCCGUUGACGUUCCGGAAGAACUUAUCUCUGGUUCUGACUUCCAUUCAGAUGGUUGGGAUGAUAAUUCAAUGAUGGGAAGCGAUUCUGAUGUUGGUCUGACCGGGUCGCCGUGA